AUGGUCUCACUAUGGCCUUGGAAGGGCGAGGACACAUCCCCAGCCUCGUUCGAAAAGGCUUUGUCGGCACUCGCCACUAAAAUAUCCAAGUCGCAGGCCCAACUCGACUCCUUGCGACAGCGUGGGCGUCGUCUCAAGGGACUAUGGACGCUUUAUGCUGUCUUUGCCUACCUACUCUGCUUUAUUAUCCUCUUCAUAGUGGUAGGGUGGAGGAACUGGACGGCAGUGGAAUAUACAGCUGUUGCGGGAAGCCCUUUACUGAUUUACGUCGUUCGAAAAGGGAUCACUUCUUAUUACAAUUUAAGAGUCGAUAACGCUACACAUCGGCUGGAGGACCAACAAGCAGAAAGGGCGAAGACUAUUGAGAGACUCAAGGCAGCUACGAAAUACAACUCAACGCAAGAGCUGCUAGAAAAAUAUGCCGCUACUCCCGCGCCACCGAAGCCAAAGAAACCCCGAAAUACAUCUAAGAGUCCCAAAGGCAGAAGUCCUCAGCUAGGAAGGAUACGAGCGGGGCCACCGCCUCCAACGGCGAAUAUACAGCGACCUGGUCAAAUUCAGGGGCCACUCUCAAGUCAACCAUCUACUCCGCAGCCACAACCUCGUAAAGAUAUUCCACUCCAGUUUAGCCCAGCCCCUGUCCAAGCAUCACCACAAGGGGGAAAUGCCGAAUUUGCUCCUAAUGCUUUUCCUUCUCCACCACAAUAUGCCCACGGCGGGGAAUCCAAUGCUGGAGGACAUUGGUAUGAUAGAGUGCUUGAUUUACUGCUUGGAGAUGAUGAGACGUCGCCGAAAAAUCGCAUGGCCCUCAUCUGCUCUAAUUGCAGACUGGUAAACGGACAAGCGCCCCCUGGGACGAAGAGCCCUGCGGAGUUGGGGAAGUGGAGAUGUUUUGGGUGCGGGGCCUGGAAUGGCGAAGAAGAUGAAGCUGUAAAGGUCGUUCAAGAAAUGAAGGAAAGAAUUGAAAAGGACCGGCCUGGAUCUGUCGAUGGAGCGACAAGCUCAGGGGAUGAACGCCCACAUGAGCGCGAUGUCGCCGAGGAGGAUAUCAAAGAAAAAAAUUCUGAUGAGGCCGGAGAAGUCGAAUCUUCAGAGGAGAGUAUUAAGGCCAAGCCAAAACGUGGCCGGCCGAAACGCGGCAAGGGAAGCUCCUAG